CCAAGAUCAGGCGGAUGCCGAGCUGGAGUCUCUCGUCAGUCGCUUACUGAGUCUCCGUUCAGUUGGUCGAGCUGUCUCCGAAUUUGUAAAAAAAAAAGAUCGUAAUAAACCAAGGCGAAGUGCUAAUAAAUCGAGCAAAAUGCGCUGCCUGGCAUUGAGCGCACUGUUUUUGUGCCUGGCUCUCGGCGGCCACUUUCAUUUGUCAGCUGCCUACAAGAGCGAGGUGCAGAUCACUCCGGAUCCCCUGGACUCGCUAGAGACGACGACCAAGAAGUCCAGUUGGUUUGGCGGCUUCAAGAAGUUCUUUGGCAGCGAUGCUACCACCACCACGACCACCACAAUUGCUCCCCCGAAGGCGGUGACCAGUCCCAAAUCGUUGGUAGUUACCCCAACGGCGGCACAAAAGCCUCCACCACUUGUAAUCUCGCAUGCGCCGCUGGUGCCGUUGGGUCCGCGACCGGACACCCCGGGAUCCUCGCCCUUUGGCGCCUCCCCGCCACCGGCCAGCGGUCCUCAGUGGCCGACGAGCAGCACCGCCCGAGCACCGCAGCAGCAGCAGAUCAUUCCCGGUCGUCCCCAGCAGGGAGGAGGCACUGCAGCACCCAAUCUGCCACCUGGCUUCGCACCCUACCGACCACAGAAGCCCCAGCCGAACAGCUACGACCUGAGCUAUGGCGGUGGCCCGGCUGGAACAGGACGUCCUGGCUUUGGACUAGGCAUUAGCACCACCUCCGCCACCACCACCAGCACCACUACUCAUAAGCCAGUCACCACCAGCACGACCACAGGUAAGACGCCGCAGCAGAAGGAUGACUUCCCCGCGCUGCCAGGACCACGAAGGCCGUCCCAAAAGGAGGACUUCCCAGCUCUGCCCACGGCGAAGACGCCUCCUAGUUCGCCCACGCCCACGUCGGGUUCCCCGUCGGCCUGGCAAUCGCCGCUGCCCACGCCUCAGCAUCCAGUGCAUCCGCCCACCAAGGCCACUCCAGUACAGCCCACUCCCGCCUCCUCGGUCCACCCACCCACGUCUACCCACACACCCACCCAUGGAGGGUCGUUGGGACCUCAUAAGGUCAUCGGCGGGUCGACAACCACUGUGCGUCCCGGCUUCCAGUCGUCGGGCAACUCGGUGGCCACCGACGACGAGAUCCGCCAGCUGACCGAGCAGCUGUACACCAAGGAGACCACGAACAACCAGUUCGGAAACGUCCAGGUGAACCUGCAGGGACGCACGCGAUCCAUCGACAGCGCCGAUGAGGCACCCAAUCCACUCCUUAGUGUGGACGCGAAGGCCCUGGAGUCGCCGACGAUUGCCAAAAUGCGGCUGUUGUUCAACAACUACGAGCACGACACCCUGGUCAACGAGCACGUGACGCCCAACGAGCGGAAGGAGGAGAACGACUUCCUGGACGCGGUGAUGGCCACGCCGGUGAUGCGCCAGGCCAUGCAGUUCCUGCAGCAGAAGGGAGUUGUGGGUCCAGAUCCGAAGACGCACCGCGACCUGGUCAAGGAGCUCUGGUUCACGCAGUACUCCCGCGGACAGGGCAAGAUCGGCAGCUCCGGAUUCGAGCACGUCUUCGUCCACGAGGUGAAGGACGGCACCAUCAUCGGGUUCCACAACUGGGUCUACAUUGGCGAUGAGGAGAAGGACGGCCGGUUCGACUACAAGGGCUACAUGAAGGAGCAGGACAUUGGCACGAAGGGCAAAAUCCUGAAGAUCCGGUUCUCGCACCAGGGACUCAACAAGCCAGUGAACACUGUGUUUGUGGGCACCUCUCCGGAACUGGAGCUCGCCCUCUACACGGUCUGCUUCCAACUGAGGCCCGAUCGCACUUGCCCGGUCUCCUUGGGCAACAGCAAGUUCGGCAUCAUCACCUAUUCGUGGCGCUACCGGGGAAAGAACCUAAUUGGCAGCGCCUAUCCGGAGAUUUGAGGCAGCGAUCAGUGAUCAGUGAUCAGCGAUCGCUCCUCCCGCAGUAGUCGUAGCACUUUUUUUUCUGUCGCCUUAAUAAAUAAAGUAAAUGUGUGAAAUACAAAA